AUGGGAGAUUUAAGCUGGAAAGAUUUUCUGAGUCAGGCUAAGCAGUUCCUUAAAAUUGCACAGAAGUUGGGUGAUGGUUGGAUGCUGGUGGAGAAGGAUUCGGAUGAACCCAACACCUUCCUAAAGUUCAGUCAAAAUAUUAAGGAUAAAUCUGGGGCGUUGUUUAAUGUGGAGUACCAUGUGGUCUACAGUGUUUCCUAUCAAGUUCCAAUGAUGUUUUUCCAGGGCCACAGAUCUGAUGGAAGCCUUGUGGAUUUGGAGGCUACUUGGAAACUCUUCAUGCCGGAAACCAAAGCCAACGAGCUCUACCAGAUACUUACCCUAAUGGACCAUUCUGUGCUCUUUAGACCUUUCAUGGCUCUGCAUCCAUGUCGUACCGCCGAGGUGCUCAAAUAAUUUGGACAGCCCAGUAGUAACCAAGUGCUAACUUUUAUAAGUCUCUACGGUCCCCAUGUCAAGUUAAACCUGCAAAAUGCCUAUGGCCUUGGCCUUAAAAAAAAAAAAUACAAAUGA